UUGUGUUGCGUUGCGUUGCUUGGCGGCCGCGUAGUGUUUACUGCCAGCCAUAGCGGGGCGGCGUCGUCGGGGUGAAGCUCGAGGCGCGGCGCGCAGCGGAGCGUCUUCAAUGCAGGACGAGCGACCGAGCCGAGCCAGGGCAGGGACACCCGGCCGAUGAGAUCUUGAUUGGACUUCCAUUGCCGGCCUUGACAUGGAGAAAAAGUCGAAGAGUGGUAAAAGUAAAACCCACCUUGCAUUUUAUGAACCACCUGCCUGUGUGAAGAAAACAAGCUCAGAAAUUAUCAGUGAAGCUAGGGCUGCAAUUACACACAGUGAAGUGGCAAACACCUCCAAGUCGAGCUCAACAGUUAUUCAGCCUGUGAACACAAAACGACCUUACACUCCACGGGAUGGCCAGAGAACGCUAUUUGGUCGGUCAAGAGGCACCAGCCAAAGACCGCCAAGCUCAUUCAGCUUGCGCUACUUACAAUGCCAAGAUGGAGACUCUGGGGAUGCAAGUUUUUCAAACAGCUUCCCUCCAAAAAGGACUGCACAACUCCAGCCAAUGUCAACAAGCAGCCACACACACAGUGCAACUUUGGAUAUGGUGAAAGAGCGGCAUCUCACUUCAGAGUUUGGUUCCAUUGGUGAUUUUGGAAGCACAGGCGAUGCUUCUUUCCCAUUGGCGAAUGCUUGGACUCGCUUGCCAUCUAUCAGUAAAAUGGUUGAUGCCCAGGAACUGCGACGUAAACGUAGACAUCAAUUCAGGGCAUCUGCAUCUCUCGACAACUUACCAGAGGAGCUGGAAGGCACUGAUAACCCAUCAAAAUUACAUGCAAAUGAGACUCCUGUUCGAAAUGCUUACAGCAGUCCUAAAGAGCACUUUGAACGACUUUCAGACUGCUUGGAUAUUGCUGAUCUACAAAGAGAAAGUAGUGCUCAGUUAAGCUCGCAGACUAGCAAAACACCAAGGAAACAGAUGAAACAUGAUAAUGGCUUAGUUAAUACUAUGAGCCCCUCUCCAAAGAAUAACAGCUUGUCAUCUAGUGAGAAACCACCAGAGCCAUCAAUGCUUUCUUUAGAUGUAGGUAAUCUUCCAAGUGAAAUGUUGAGAUUUCAAAAUGUAGCUACUACUGGUCAAAUUGCUAAGAAAGCGUCAAUGAACUCAUCGGAAAUCGAACACAAUCUGUUUGGUCCAAACAUUACAACUGGAGCAAGAGACUCAUACCCACUCACAGAAGUGGAUGGUGGUGUCUUCGGUGAAAAUCUGCAUGCUAAUGUGUCCAAAAAAUUUGAGCCUGACAAGGAGUCUGCUAUUUAUGAUAACUGUAUCAAUGAAGCAAAGCUAGCCAAUGUGAAUAAAGAAAUGAAGUACCCAGAGGAAAAUCUCAUGACGUCAAAAACCCAACAGAUCAUCAACAAAUUAACUGAGCUUGCCAUUAAUGGAGGUGCUGAUGCAGUGGUGAUGCAAAACUUGGAUGAACUCUAUAAUGCAUUGAAUGGAUCAGUCUUUCAAAGAAAAGGAGACAUAAGUUCAAAACUUAAAACCCAAGUUUUAAAGUGUGUUUAUAGGUUUGUGGAGCGUUCUGAAGACAGUCUCCUGCUCAAACUAGCACGUGUCAUAUUUUGUUUGCCAGUUACUGGCAGUAAUUUAGCAGGAGUGUGCAAAUUAGUUUUCAAAGUUGCCAGGACCGACAAGAAUGAUUAUCUAUUCUUAGAGGGAAAUAUCCUUGACCUCUUUAUUGAUGCCUUGGGCACAGCUAGCCCUCUAGAGGAUGCAGAGGCUUGUGUUUAUGGCUAUGGUGCUCUCAAGUUUCUCACCAUGAACAAUCAACUAUUGAGCCAUAUUCUUGAUCUUGGUACUCUUGACCUCAUGGUUCUUCACCUUAAAAUCGUCAACUCAGUGCGCUCAGAGGGAGGUCGGCUACCAGAGCAAACCAGUCAUGCCAUAUUUCAACUGACUGGUGCUCUCAGAAAUAUUGCUGGAGAGGAAACAACAUUCCCCAUGCUAGUAGCCAAUGGUGCAGUUUCUCAACUGUGUCAGUCCAUGGAGCUAUUCAGCACUGACCUUGAUCUUGUCACUAACAUAGCUCGAACCUUCAGUAUCAUUUCUACCAAUGAUGAUUGUUGUAAGGCCAUAGCAAAAUACAGAAAUUGUACCAAACUUUUUGCUAAAUUAUUUUCUAAGUAUCCUGGACGUCAAGACAUUGUCGUGAGAUUGGGCUAUGCCCUGGGCAAUCUGUUAGCCAAAAGUGAUGAUAUACGCUUGCAGCUCUUGGAAACUGAUGGAGCCAUGGAUACUCUGAUGGAUUUGCUGCAAUUGUACUUGCAAAAAGAUCUUGACCUUGCAAGUCAAGACCCUCAGCACCACCCACAAAAAGAACAGAGUUUGCCACUGGAAUCAGGAUCAGAUGGAUCAAUUGAGGAUGUCAUUGUCAAGAUGAUAAGGAUAAUAGCUAACAUGAGUAUGAAUAUGGAGGUGGGUGAACGUCUGACAUGCACUCCUAAGGCUCUUAUCAAGGAUGGGGCUGAUCUCAGCAUUAGAAAUGAUUCUUGGGGUGAUCAUUUAAAUGAAAAGGAUAGUUCAAUUGGAGACCGAGCUGUGAGCCUGCUACUGACUGUAUUAAGACGGAAAUCAGUAGCUGAAAGUGCUGAGCUUGUAUUGUCAACACUUAGUACUUUAAACAACCUUACAUUUUAUCCUUGCGGUGCCGAGCAAUCGGUUUUCAAUGUCCACAUCAUGGAUCUGUCUCAAGCUUUAUACACUCUUCUCAUGAGCAGUUUAGAUGAAUGCCUGGUAGAGACUACUAAGGUGCUGGGGAAUCUCACUAGAUCUAAACCAGCACGGGAUUUCCUACUGGAAACUGGAGGUCUCAAUCAGCUUCUAAAAUUCCUGCAAACUGAUAACCAUGAAUUGUUGCGUUCUACAACUGGAGUUUUGGUUAAUCUCAUGGCUGAUGCAGACAAAAGAGAAGCUUUGCAGCAUACCCAAGGAAUUUCUAGGCUUAUAGCAUUGCUCGUUUACCAUGGCGAGAGUGACUGGCAACUGGCAAGCCUUAUAUGCCAGGUGUUAUGGAACUUUUGUAUUGACAUGACAAAUUUGAACUGGCUUGGUGCAGAUCAUACCUCUCAGCUCGUUGAAGUCUUAGUUGAUUUUCUGGAUGAUGAGCGCCUCUUCGGAACUAGAGAUUUUAUUGCUGAAAACAAUUCUAAUGAAAAUGCCCUGUCUGGGAUAUAUCAGCAAUGGGAAGAGUUUGCAGUAAUAGCUACCAAUUUACUGGAGAAAAUUGAAACAUACAUGGAUGGAAUUCAGCAACAUAGCUUACCUCCGGAUUUAUCUACAGGCCAACAUAACAGCGUCAUUAGCUCUUCAGCAAACCAAUGGGAGGAGAUCCCAGCUAAUUCUGGUUCUAUUGUACCAACACCGAAUAUAACCUGAUUACUGUAGAUUUUGUUUGUAUGACCUAAUUCUCCUGCAUAAGGAACAGUACUGUCUUAGAAUUCCAAUUGUGUUUAUUCCCCUAUUCUAUCGUAUUCUUAUAAAUAAAAAAUCCAAUUUAAAUUGUAA